AUGGCUGAAGAUUUAAUGAAUCCGUCUCAACAUAUUGAAAGAGUAAUUCAUUCACAAACAAAAGAGGAAUCUCAGAAAAAUCGCUUGCGCCUAAGGGCUUCAGUUAUAGCUGUCAGGUUACUAGCACUUCAAGGUUGUGCCUUUAGAGGUCACGAUGAAUCUUCAUCUUCAUUGAAUCGUGAAAAUUUUAUUCAAAUGCUUAAGACUUUUGGACAAUUGAGUAUGGAAGUUGAUAAAGUUAUAUUAGAUAAUGCUCCGAAAAAUGCUCAAUAUAUUGCUCCAAAUAUUCAGAAGGAUAUUUUGCAUAUUAUGGCUAAUAGAGUACAACAGAUGAUUCGUGAGGAUGUUGGAGAUGAACGCUUUUGUAUUCUUGUGGAUGAAGCAAAAGAUGAAUCUAAUAUAGAGCAAUUGGCCAUUAUUUUGAGGUUUGUGAAUAGUUGUGGUAUUUUGACAGAACGUUUUUUUGCAAUCAAAAGCGUUAGUAACACCACGUCCUUAAACCUAAAAAAUGAGAUUUCUGAUAUUCUUGCUCGACACGACCUUCAACUUAGCAAAAUGAGAGGUCAAGGAUAUGAUGGUGCUAAUAAUAUACGUGGUACUUGGAAUGGACUUCAAGCUUUAUUUCUUAGAGAUUAUCCAUAUGCAUAUUAUGUUCAUUGCUUUGCACACAGGUUACAACUGGCAUUGAUUUCUGCAGUUAAGGAUGUCAGUGUUAUUUGGGAAUUCUUUUCUCAUUUGGAUAAUGUUAUCAAUAUUAUUAAUUCUUCUUCUCAACGCAUUAGUGAGUUGCAAAAUGCUCAAAGAAAAGAAGUUGAGCAUAUGUUGAGUAUUGGAGAGCGUGAGUCUGGAAGUGGAGCCAAUCAAAUAGGUAAUUUGCAACGUGCUGGAGCAACAUGUUGGAGUUCCCAUUAUGAUUCUGUAAAAAGCAUGAUAGGCAUGUAUUCUGCAACUUGCAAGGUGCUUGAAUAUCUUAAAGUUCAUUGUUCAAAAGCAAGUUCUCGAGCUGAAGUCCGUGGCGCUUAUAGACACUUUGCAUGUUUUGAAUUUGUGUUCAAUUUGCUUUUAAUGCACAAAAUUAUGAGAAUAACUGAUGUUCUUUGUCAAGCUCUUAAAAAAAAAUCACUAGACAUUUUGGCUGCUAUGAGAUUUGUUUCUACUGCGAAACUUAUUCUUCAAGAAUUGAGAGAAGAAGGUUGGGAAGUGUUUCUUCAAGAAGUAAAAGAUUUUUGUUCAAGACACAACAUUGACAUACUGGAUCUAGAUUCUUCAUAUAUGAUUGGUCGUUGUAGGGAUGAGACUACAGUUGAGCACCAUUAUCAUUUUGAUGUUUUCAAUGAAGCAAUUGAUUUUGUAUUGAUGGAGUUAAGUACACGCUUUAAUGAUAAAUCAUUAGAACUCCUUUCUCUCAGUGUGGCUUUGGAUCCCAGAAAUUCAUUUGAAUCAUUCAAUAGUGAUGAUAUUUGUACGCUUGCAAAGAAGUUCUAUCCUGAAGAUUUUAGCAGUCAAGAUAUUUGUGCUUUAGAAUAUGAGUUGAAGUAUUAUGUUCAUGAUGUGAUUGCUGACCAAAGGUUUCAAGUAUCUACACUUGUUGAAUUGUGCCAGGAGUUGACCAACAGUGGAAGGUCAGAUACAUACAUUAUGAUAACUAGAUUGAUUCGUCUUGUAUUGACAUUACCCGUUUCUACUGCAACUACUGAGCGAGCAUUUUCAGCAAUGAAACUUUUGAAGACAACACUUCGUAACAAAAUGGAGGACGACUUCCUUGCUGAUUGUAUGACUCUCUACAUUGAAAGAGAACUUGCUCUUACAAUAGAUGUAGAUUCUUGCGUCUCUUGCGCAUGGCUGCCUCGCGGCCAACACAGCCUACCGGCCUUGUUGCAAUGCACCGCCGUCUCCACGUCAUACCCACUGCUGCCUAGCUCCACCGCGUACAGCCGCAGCCACCGCAGUCGCCUUUUGUUUCACCGUGGCUUGUUGGAGCUCGUGGCCAUGGCUGUCAUGGCCGCGGCUUCGCUUGCUUGCGGCCGCUUCUUGAGCCUCCACCAAGCCUUUCGGUCAUCACUACAUCGUGCGAUCAUCACCGCAACCGCUACCCCUGCUUCGUGCACUGCUGCUAUGCUCAUUGGCCCGGCUCCACCGAGCUUGAGGCCUGUGGCCAUGGUCGCCGAACAGCAGCUUGCUGCUGCUGCUAUGGCCACGCUACCUCUUGCAGAUUUCUUUCCUUAA